CGAGAACACUUAAUCAGUCCGACCUCGACCAGCGCUCGUGUGGCGGUGCGGCCAGACACAUCUAGGGACCACUCUGUUAACUUGCAAGUUGAAGACGUCACUUUCUUCAAGUGAUACAACUGUCGCACGUCUUGGGUCUAGUUUGACUAAUUCAGCACAAAUUUAGGUCAUCACAGAAGUCACAGCGAUGGCCAACACGGAUUCGUCAACUCCUAGUGAGGAGGGGCAGUGGAGGAUCCCUGACUUGUUAGCUCUGAAGAAAGCCGGAGGGCAGUUCACCGACGACCAGGUCUCCUUCUUGGUGAGAGCCAUCAGCGACAGGACCAUGGACGACUACCAGCUCGGAGCCUUCUUGAUGUGCACUACGCUGCAGGGUAUGACGGACGAGGAGAUAGUCGCCCUCACCCGCUACACCAGAGACUCGGGGUGUGUGUUGUCGUGGCCGGCGGACUGGGUGGUGGUGGACAAGCACAGCACAGGCGGAGUGGGGGACAAGGUGUCGUUGGCCCUGGCCCCAGCCCUGGCCACCUUGGGCCUCAAGGUGCCCAUGAUCAGCGGCAGGGGACUUGCUCACACAGGCGGCACUCUUGACAAGCUCGAGAGCAUUCCAGGGUUCCGAGUGAGCCUGAGCGAGAAGGAGAUGCUGGAGGCGCUGACGGAGGCCGGGUGCUGCAUCGUGGGCCAGACGGUGGAUAUCGUGCCAGCCGACUGCCGCAUGUACGCUGCCAGGGACGUCACCUCCACCGUCCUCUCCACGCCCCUCAUCGUCGCAUCCAUUGUGGGCAAGAAGGCAGCAGAGUCUAUAAAUGCCUUGGUGAUGGACGUGAAGUACGGACGAGGAGCCUUCAUGAAGACGAUGGAGGAGGCAAAGCAGCUGGGAGAGAACCUGGUGAAGGUGGCCAAGUGUCUGGGCAUCAAGAGCACCGCGCUCAUCACCGCCAUGGACGUCCCUGUCGGCAACACCAUAGGCAACGCUCUCGAGGUGCGAGAAGCCAUUGAUUGUAUGCGGGGACAAGGCCCCCCAGACCUCCACCAGCUGGUCACGCAUCUUGGAGGAGAGCUGCUGGCGAUGUGUGGGAUUUCGUCAUCAGAAGAGGAGGGUCGUGGAGCCAUGACUCGAGUCCUAAGCGACGGGUCAGCGAGGGCUACGUUCUGUAGCAUGCUUCAGAAACAGGGCGUGAGUCCUGAGGUGGCGAGGUCCCUGUGUGGCGACCAGGCCGACUACCACCACCUUCCCCGCGCUUCUCACAUCACGCCUGUUAAAGCUUCCGCCUCGGGCGUGGUAGUGGACCUGGACGCGCUGGCUCUGGCCAGGGUGAGCAUGCAGCUGGGCACGGGACGCAACCGGGUGGGGGAUCCUAUCAACUACGCUUCUGGCAUCGUCCUCCUCAAAGUUGUGGGUGAGAGUGUGGUGGAGGGCGAGGCUUGGGCGGAGCUGCACCACGACAGCCCGCUUCCCACUUCAGUGCUCGCUAACACUCAGGCAGCCCUCACCCUCGACCCCAGUAUCAAAGUCUUCACAAGAUCAUCCAGGAUCACUGCCCGCAUUACCUAAUAGGAUGUAUAUAUAUACUGUUCUAUUGCUGGAACGCUGCCAUAUAUCCAGGGAAGAAAAUAUUCACCCCUGCAUCACCCAAGAACCAUGCUAAAAAGAUGUUUGUUACUUUUGAUAUAUGAUCCUGAAACCUAACCUCCCCCCCCCAUAAAUAUGAUCUAAGAAUUGUAUAUAACAAAUUUAAAAUAGUUGAUGCACGUUCCAAGUCGAGUGGGGAAUAUUAGAUGAAAGUAUAGCUAGUUUUUGAUCUACACUGUGUAAUCUUUCAUAUAGGUAGCAGCAAAUUGUUGUGUAUAUACCUAAGCUUGUUAAUAAGACAAAACAAGUGAAUGUUAGGCAUU